ACCGUCGCGACUUUGUUUAACAAGGAUAUUUGCUUUUAAAUCCAAUCGCGCUAGCUUAUGGGAACUUGUUUCAGCUUGCGUUGCACGUAAACAAGAUAAACGCUCCCACGAAGGACCAACGAAUUUAACAGAGCCGACCAUGAAACCUUGCCCGAUUCAACAGGAGAUCCAAGCCACCAAUGAAACGAUCGCCGGCCUUCGGGAGCGCUUACGGCGCAUGGAGCGCAAUUUGAAUGACCCCAAUCUGGCCGAGGACCGCAAACGGGAACUUUCACUUGAGCUGAAGGAGAUCGCCAAACUGUUGGAGACGAACGAACAGCUACUGCACAAGAUGCACAAAGAAAACUCUAAAUCGUUCGCUGUUGCCGCGUGUUUGUUCUUCAUUUGCUUUCUCGUGUACGGCCUAUACGUACUGGUUAAUGGCGCAUGACCGACGGAUGUUCUCGGCGGUUUAAUUAAAACACAAUUGCAACUA